AUCAUAUUGACCUCUUAAUGUCACCUCAGUGUUUGAUGUUAAAUUAUGUCGUGUAUAUGUAUUUGCUAUACUGGUCUGUUAGUUGUGUUUUAAAGUGCCGUAGCAGAGAGGAAUGUCUCACGUGGGAGAGAACCGGCGUGGUUCAGCCCCUUACUGGAUUUAAAUGGCCCCCAUGCUUAAAAGCGCUGCGAACAUGUGGGCAUUCUAUAAUUUUUUUGUAAUUUCUUGUAACUUUCAGUGUAGUGUGGCAUUCAACGCUUUAUUGUAGUCCGGUUUGGAAAAAUACAAGAUCGGUGCAACGCUUAGUUUUGUUCCAAAUGUUGCAUGGAGUCUGGUGUUGGAGUCGAGUGAAUGCUACUCUGUGAACGUCUCCAUCCAUCAUAAUGCAGAGUUUUGCCCAGUCUCAAGACUGGUUCUGUUCAGAGCCGCUGUUCAUGGACGACGAGGUCUGCCUGAGUUUGAUGAAAGACAUACAGGGGCUGCCCACGCCGCCACAGUCGCCGCCCAUGAAGAGCACUGGGCAGGGGUCUGACAAACCCCUCUCCAAGGAAGACCAGCUGAGCUACGUGUCCGACAUUCUGCUGGAAGACCAAGACAUGCAGCUCAAUUGGAACUGUGACUUCUUUCACCACCUGGACUCUGCAGCCCCCUGUGGGAAGGAGUGCAAAUCGCGUGAACUGCACUGCAUACAGCUGGAGGAGAGCGGAGAUGAGAGUCUGUGGAGCUGCCUGGUGACCGAAAAGACCCUUGAUGAGAAGCUGGGCUCCUCCAUGCUGGGCUGCAGCCCAGUGCUGUCUCAGAUUGACACCAGCAUCUUCGAGGAGAUCGCCGGUACCACGCUGGACUGUCAGAAUUUGAUGGACACACCGGAGAGCAGUGAGGCCACGUCAGACUACAGCUCUACUGGAGGAGAGCUCUCAACAUCAUGCAGUGACUCUGAGGAAGAAAUUGAUGUGGUGACGGUUGUCCGCUGUCCCUCUCGCCUCGUCCCUUUGCCCUCACUGGCUGAGGUGACCCUGCAACAGCAACAGGAGGAGCAGCAGCGAGUGCUUCAACGUCAGCACAUCGAGAUCCAGCUGCAGCACAACUACGCCGCCCCCUGUCCGGCUUCGCCGCCGCCGUCGUCCAACAAACGCUCCAGAGGAAACGACGGUUCGCUACGUUUCCACCACUCGUCUCGGAGCUCCUCCUCCUCCUCUUCUUCCUCCAGCUUGUUGUCAUUGAAGUACCACCAGCACUCAUCCAGAAACUCCGCCGAAACGGAGGAUGAUGAGGAGCGGCGGCGGACACACAAUGUGAUGGAGAGGCAUCGGCGUAACGAGCUGAAGAACUGCUUCACCCGUUUGCGCGACAAUGUCCCCGAGGUGUCGCACAACGACAAGGCUUCCAAGGUGGUGAUCCUGAAGAAGGCCAGGGACUGUAUUUACAACUUGGAGGACCAGGCUGAGAGACUGCAGACCAAGAAAGACAAACUGAGAGCCAGACAGGUGGCGCUAAAGGCUCGUCUGGAGCUCCUCCGAAGUUAAUGCUCAACACUAGCUUUGCAUAGUUUUUGCCGACUGAUGUCGGUGAGUGUGUUCUGAAAGUUAAAGACUUUAACCAUGCUUUUAACACAUACUACCAGGAACUUUUACUACCAGGAAGCAUUUCGUAGGACACCUUGGCCUUUGCCUGCUUCCUGCUGCUAACACAGGAAGAAAAUUCAGGGAACAGUUUUGUUCUGCUUCCAGUCCCUGUGAUGCAAAUGUAUCAACAGCUUGGUACCGUCUCAAGUUCCUGGUACUAGUUCCUGCUGUGGAGACUGGGGUCCUUUUCGUACAAAAAUGGAGGGAACAUGCGAUUAACAAUGGGGGG